CGCCGCGGGGCCUGUGCUUCGCGGAGCUACGGGCGCGGGCAGAAGCCUCGAGGUGGGCGCUCCGAGGAGGAAGGAGGGCGGAGGCGGCCGGCAGGCGUAGGCAGGUCCUGGCUGAGAAGAAGCACAGCUGCAGUGGCUGGGCUAGGAGGCUGAGAGACGCCGCGACCUGGAAGAGGCAAGUGUGUUGAGAUUCAAUAAAUUAAUUGAUAGGAAAAGAUGGUUAGAUCACGAUCGAGAUCACCAAGAUGGAAACGAAGGUCUUUAUCGCCUGCCUUCAGGAGUCAGGAACACAACAGACAAAGGCACAAUCAUAGCAAUUAUGACUGUGAAUACAAAGCUUUCCGGAAAGAUGCAAAGAAGCCUAUGCCGUGGAGAGUAGAAGAUGAGAAAUAUGGACAAGCCAGUACUAGAUAUGCACCACAUGAAUCUAACCACCACCGACUUUAUGAAUGUAGGUCAUAUUCACCAACUCUGAAAAGAAUCCCUUCAGAAGAUAUGUAUAGUCACAAACCUGGUAGGACACAUUCACCUGAAAGGAAUGCUGAUACUGGAAGAUGCCACUUUCCUUCCAGAUAUCCAGAAAUGUCUCGCAAAGAACACAACCAUUCUUUUUAUCCGUCCAAAACACGUGACAGAGAGAUGCAUGAAGACCCCCGAGCUGCUGCUGGAAAUACAAAAGGGAUGAAGACUUUCCAUGAGCCAUUAGGGACUUCAUGUAACUUUGAAAGGAAGUGGAAUGAAAAUGACUUGAGGCACCACCAGUUAAAAGAAGACAAGUAUACUCAAUCACCUCGAAGAUGUUCUGAUGAAUUUAUGUCAAGGAGCUCUUUGCAGAAGAGGUAUCCUGGAGAUCGUGAUUACAGAGAACAUGGGCACACGUCUAAAAGGGCUAAAGAAUUGGAGAGGUAUGAUGAUAGAGAAGUAGCAAGUAAUUCCAAGUGGAAGCAAGAUCAUUCUUCACUCAACCAAGAAAAGGGAGAGCAAAGAAACCCUGGUCUUCAAACUCAUCGGCCUGUUGUAAAGGAGUACAGUGAUAGCUGUCAAACAAAGAUUACGUAUGACUAUAGUCAGAAACGUCAUAGACAUCCAGAUGGAGGGAAAUAUAUAUCUGAUGAAAGAGCAGAGAAAUAUACGAAGGUGGAAGAGAAGAAAUAUAAUUCUCCUAAAGAAGCUUGGAAUAGCAAAUAUUCAAAUUACUAUAACAGUGAAAGAGUCAGGCACACAGAAGACCCUCAUACAGAAGCAUCAGUUAAAUAUAUUUCGGGAAAAGGCUGCAAUUCAUGUGCUAAAUCUCACAAAAGUGAUGCUGAUCUCUUACCCUUUGAUCAAAAAGAGAAGGAAAGACUCAGGAAAGAAAUGGAUUUUAGGGGAAGGAGAGACCAGCAUGACACUCAUCACAAAAUUUCAGAUGUAAAAAUGUCUGAUGUCCACCACACAAGAAAGGAAAAACUCACAGUCAAAGUGGAUAUGAAGAAAACCAUAAAUAAGUACAGGAGUGCUUCUAGUCAUGUCAUGGAGAGGCAGACAUCAUGUGAUCUAGUAGCUGUGGGUAGAAAAACUGAAAAAUUCCAUCCAGUGUUUGAGCAUAUAAAAUCUGUGACGCAGAAGGUAGAACAAAACCCAUCAAAAGAAUUUGCUCAGGAAAUCAUCACAAUUAUCCAUCAAGUUAAAGCAAAUUACUUUAAAUCUCCUGAUCUAACGUUACAUGAGCGCUUCUCAAAAGUAGAAGAUAAACCAUUGGCAAAUGAAGUUAAAAGACAUUCAAAUCCAGAAAUUCACAGGAGAAUCGAUAUGUCUUUGGCAGAACUUCAGAAAAAAAGAGCUGUUCCAUGCAAGUCUGAGCAGAGCGUGUUGAGAGUUCUAGAAGAUCCAAAUGAUCUAAGAUAUGACAUUGAGAGAAGAAGAAAAGAAAGAUUGCGGAAUGAAGAUGAAAACAACUUUUAUAUCGAUGGUGCAUCACAUAGGGAUGAACAGAGAAGUAGCAUUCCAAAAUUACGAAACACUCAAAUGUAUGGAUUCCAAAAACCUGCAAGAUUUGUAAGAUCGCCUUUCAGGAAGUUUAUUAGGAAACCUCACAUGAAUCAUCAUUAUACUUCAAAAUCACAUGGUGAUAUUGCACAUGAUCGGUUUGAAGACAAUACUGAACAUCAUAAAACAUUUCGAAGACCCUUCAAGCCCCACUUUAGUGAUGGUCGUCCCCACUUUAAAUCAAACUUAGUACAGAAGGGUUUAGACAUACAGGCAAAAUACCAACGAUUACGUUAUGCUGGAACAAGGGGACUUACCACUAACAAAUUUAGAGGAGGAUAUUUGAGGAAAGAUAAGGGCCUCGAAAUCUGAGCUGCAGUACUCAAGGCGAUAUCUCUGAUUAUGAUGAUCGUUGCAAGGGAGCAUCCGAUUGCAUUUGUCAGGAACUGAAAUGGGAAAAGCAAAACUAAUACUUUAAUUUUUCUUGAUAAAGAUAAUUUUAUUUUUCAUUAGUGGGAUGUUGCAGAACUUUUUUACAGUUUUAAUAAUGGCUUUUCAAAUACAGUAUUCAACUGAACAUUGUAGGGUUGCUCCUUUUACUUCCUCUUGCCGGCAAGUCAGAGAGAAAAAAACCUGAAGGGAGUCUUUAUUUAUUGAAUAUUUCCCCCCCACUCUAAGCAUGGUUUUAUUACUAGAAAUUGAGUUGUUAUACACAGAAGUUUAUAUGUUUAAAGUUUAUUUGCUUAUAUAAUAAAAAUCAAAAAGUGCCUAU